AAGGGACAUUGUAGGUGGCUCCAGCGACAGUGAUGCCGUUCGACAACAAUCAUUGUGGCUUGUUAAAUAAAUUGGUUUUGUGGUCUCAGUGAACGUGGCGAACUUAAAUAGAUGAGAAAAUUAGAUGCACAAGAGGCCUGGGGCGCCGAUAAAUUAGAAGCGCAGUUAGAAGCGGCCAGGGAUGGUCUUCGAGGACUCGAUCGCAAUAUCCGGAAGAUCCUCGGCCGGGAUCUUCCCGACGGAGAAAAUGGUCCUAUACAAUUGCCUCCCAGUAGGCUAUCACAAAAGAGACCAUUGCAGGAGGACAGACGGCGUGUUGUAUCAGAUUUUGUUAAUAACGAAUUACCUGGUGGAAAACGUCGAUGGCAAGGAUCCAAUGGAGAACCAAAGACAGUUUUCAGUCGUUUAAGUGCUCGAGUUCCUUCCAAUGCUGAUGAUAGUGCAGACGAAGAUGAUACUGUUAUUAAGCCGGCUGUGUCUUCAAGAGUAAUAGCAACCCCUAGAGAAAUUCCAUCUAGACAGGAAGUAAUCAGAAGAGAAAGAAUAGAUGAAAGAAGUAGGCAAAGAAAUAAAAGGAUGUUUGGUGCCCUUUUAGGCACCCUACAGAAAUUUCGGCAAGAGGAAACCAAACUUAAAGCAAAAGAAGAUAAAAAGGCAGAAGUGGAGGCAAGGGUAGAAGAGGCUCGAAGAAGGGAAAAAGAAGAAUUACGAAGAGAGAGACAACAAUUGUUCUUGUCACGUAAACGGCAAUUAGCAGAAGUACGUGCACUUGAAGCAAAAUUGGCCCGUAGUCGGCAAUUCCAAGAUUGGCGUGCUGCACAGUUGCCGUUAGCAUCGUUUAUCAAAACUCGUGCUCAACCCCCUAUCUAUUAUGCACCGAAACGCAAGCAUCCCCAAACAGACAUUCUUCUGGCUCAAUCUGCGAAAGAACUUCAUGAGGAAAUCGAGAGAAGAGAGAAAGCAUUGGUUGAGGAAUUGGAAUUAAUAGAAGUACAAGUAGGCCUGGGAAAACACCAACAGAACUUUGAUGGAUCUGCAUCACUGAACGCGACGGUUGAAAUUCAACAAUCCGCUGAAGAAGGAGAGGAGAAUCGUGAUCCAAAUCCGGAAAAGACUUCGGAAUCUGAGAAUAACGAAGCAGUGGAUGUUUCAGUAAAAUCUGAGAAGGACGAAAAUUACGAUAAUAACUUGAACGAAGUUGAAAAGAAGGAGGAAGUACAAGUAGAUGAAGCAAAGGACGAGAAUAAUGGCUAGUAUUAAAUGUACUUACGAUGCUUGUACAUAUUACGUACAUUGGAUGGUCCAACGAAGAAAACGAUGGAGUCUUUCUUACUUCACAUUUGACGCGUGUGGAUAAAUUUUACAAUUUUUCGAAAGAAAUGUCACUUUAUACUUGUUCUCAUAUAGGUAUAAAUUCAUUCCCCUCAUCGGAUUGCAUACUCAUUUCUUCAUCUUGCAUCGACGAGAUCCGUUCAAAUUAUCCCGUAGAUAUAAGAGAGUAGAUGCAGUUAAUCAGAAUCCCAUAUUUUUUAAAUGUUACAUAUUUCUAUUAUGACUAUUCGUAGCGUAUCACUUAAGUAAUAAUCACAUUUCAAGUAGAACGGAGUACUUCGCUGGAAGAAUAAGUAUGUCGAUAAAAUACGGUAAAGUAAGUCAAAAAAUUUUUAGAUUGAAAAAAUGAUGUAUAAUAACACGCUCAUAUAUUUCCUUUGUAACACAGUGUCUGUCUUUUAAUACGUAUGCGACGAAGAGAAGCGUUAAAUAAAAAUUUAAUGCUUUAUACGUGUAUGGUGGAAUAAAAUGUAUGAAUUCAAACAUUUCCCACUAAUAUUACGUAGUUCGAGUUUCAAUACAAGUUUGUAUAUUGUAGACGAUAUACAAACGUGGAACUCGAUUGCAUUCUGCGGGUAAUAUUUUCCUUCUCAAAUAGCAAUAUUAAGAGCAAUAUUCGAGAUACAUUCUGUUUUAGUAAGACUAUUUAUCUUUAUUUUUUGCGUUGUCGACAAUAUUACGAAGAUUAAGCAGAACUAAAGAGCGUACGGAAAUAUAAGUUCAAAAGAGUACUGUUUUGUGUGCAUGAUUAUUUCAUAUUUGUUUAAUUUUAUUUCAAAAGCAUUUUUACUGAGUUUACAUAGUAUUAAUAAAGUUUAUCAAUAAGUUGAACGC